GGCUCUGAUAUACCUAUAUAUCUUAUAAGGGAAGAACCAGUUAAACCAACAUAACAAAAAAGAAUAAACAUCACUUUGGCAGUUGUGAGAUUUAUCAAGGAUUUGUAUAGUUAGACUAACUAUACAAAUCCUUGGAUUUAUCAACAACGUGUUUACUAAUUUAUUUUAAAAAAUACAUGAUGGAGAGAUCUUCAGCAAGUGAAAACAAAAUUAGGUAAUUUUUAAUAGAGUACUGGGGUAGAUAGACAAUCACACUUUCAACUUAUAAGUCUAUGUAAAGCUUAAAAUCAAAUCUAGAGCAGUAUGGAAGAUCCUACCGAAGAUACAGAUGAACAACAUUCCGGCAAUGAAUUUGUACAAGUGAAAGAAGAACCUUUAGAAAUGGACGAAAAUUGUCAAGAUGAGGUUGAUUUUAUGAACUUGAUGGCUAGCACUGAAACUGAUACGAACAUGAUUAAUACCUCUGUAACUUCCAAUAUUGAGGCUCCUGUGACAGCUAAUUCUACUGAUGAUUACACUGAAAAGACUUUAUUUUUAUGUGACACAUGUUUACAACCUUUCACCAACAAGACAAAUCUACGAAAACAUAUGCGUAUACAUGAUAAAAUAAAACCCUAUAAAUGUGACAUAUGUGGAUGGGCCUUUGCAAUGAAACAGAACAUGCAAUUUCAUCGUCGCAUACAUACGGGAGAACGUCCCCAUCAAUGUUCUGUAUGUGGUAAAACUUUUAAUCGAUCACAUCAUGUUGUUCGUCAUAUGGCUAUUCAUUCUGCUUCUAAAAAACAGUUUAAAUGUGAAAUAUGUGCAUUGGAUUUUCAUAGAAAAGACCAUCUUCAAGUACACAUGAAAACACACGAACCACCGAAUUCUCGUGUAAAAAUGUGCCCUUACUGUGGAAAAUGUUAUAAAGUUGGUUCAAGUUUGGAAAAACACAUAAAGGACUUACACAGUGAGAAAAAUGAAAUUCCAGAAAUUACUAAAACAGAUACGAUUGGAGAAAAAACUUAUGAAUGUGGGGAAUGUGGAAAGCUAUUUGCUCAAUUAAAGCAUCUUGAAAGUCACAUGUUAACACAUUCAAUAUUACCCGAGAUCCAUGAAUGUAAUGUGUGUAGUAAAAGUUUUAGCACAAUUAAACUCCUCAAAGAACAUGACCAUUGUAAAAAAUCUCGCAAAAAAACAAAAGAAGAUAAGAGUAGAAAUUGUAUAUUUUGUGGAAAAAUAUUUAAGGGAGACAAAAGAUUAGAAAAUCAUAUUAAUAAAAAACAUCGGGAAGAGUAUAAUACUUGUGGAAUGGGAGGAGCAAAUAAAAGUGAGAGUUCACAAUUAGAGAAUUUAAAGGAAAAAAGAAAUGAAGAAGUUUUAAUGGAUGAAACCAGUAACCAAUGUAACGAUGAAACAAAUGCUGAGUUUGAUACCAUGGAUGUUAUCAUUAAAGUUGAACCAGAGGAAAAUUGACUAAAGAUAUGUGUGUAACAAUUGUUAAACCUAUAGGUACCGUACAAAUGUAUCAACUUAUUAAUUAUCAUCAUACCUGCCAACUUUUCAAAAUGCCCAUGAGGUUUUUGCGUGCAA